UAGGGUUAGCGUCAAUAUUGAACGUGAGUACCUUUUCGCUAUGUUUUGUUCGGGCGAUUGUCAAAUUCGCUUUUUCCAGAGAAAAUCGAAUACCACUCCCAAUUCAAACGCGUCGAACGGACGGAUCCGGUUCUUACUGUUCCUUUGCUGUCUCUAAAGCACGAUCUUCCCUCCUCUUCCUCCUCGUCUAAAGAAAAGGAGCUCAAACACAUUUUACCACUUGAGUCAGACGACCCGGAAGCGUUGAUGAAGAGUCCCCUUUACAGCGUCAUGAGGAAGAGUUUAAUGAGGAGUAUAAGGAGGGAAGAUAUAGAUUUCGAAGACUUGGAGAAUAUCCACGACUUGGAUCCAUGUGAUGGGCGUGAGCCUUCAGAUUCAUCAGAACCAGAAGAGGAGAUUUCUUCGAUUGACGGAUCCGGCGACAACGAGGAUGAGGAUGAUCUGGAUGAUUCGGAUGAUUCGGAGAUUUCAGACAGUCUGGAUGAUAUAGACGAGUUUCUCACUUCCGACGCCGAAUCUAAACCACUCAGUGAAUACAAUGAUGCCAAUGUCCAUUCACAGUAUUCCUCCCAGCGCGUCCUAAGACUCUCUCGAAAUCCCUCAGAACGAAGUAGGCGCGGACAUCAUCAUCCUCGGAAGGACAUUCGAAAACCCUCACCCUCAGCUCUAUCCUCCUUAGCCUCGUCUCUCAUGGGCCCCGGUCCAUGGAGCAUGUCUCUUGCGCUUCCGCUGCCGCUUGCGCACGCAUCAAAUCUCACGACGAAGCAGGUGCAGGAGUAUGAGGAAAAGAUGGAAGUGUAUCGUCGGCAACAGCAGGAGGGUCAACAGCACGGUUUUGGUGGUGGAGCUUUUAGUGGGUAUAGUGGGUAUAGUAAGAGGGAUAGUAACGGCGCAAGGAAGACUGAAAAAGAGUGGGAGAAAAAGCAAGCUAAAAAUGAUAAGGCCAGUAAGAGAGAGAAGAAGCCGGAAUUAGUGGACAUAGGAAGAGGCUUGUUACCCUCAAACAAAAACAAGAGGAGUAAUGUAACAAUAAGUCAUUUGCUGAAGUGUGUUAUCAGGGUUGAGCGGGGAGAGCUGGAAGAGGAUGAGGAAGUUGGAGAGGGGGAGAAGGAAGAAGGUUCUACAGAGGGAGAUAGGAACUCACCCGAAACGUCUGCUUUUCCACCUUUGCAGAUGAGGUACGAAACAGGAGAUUCUAGGGCAUUCGGGGGAGCAUCUGCAGGUAUGUCUGCAAGUGCUCUAGCAGAUGCAGACCGAAGUGGGUGGGCCGACGAAUGGGAGUAUGUGCAGUCGAAUAAGGAAAUUAGGCAACAAAGGGAGAGUCGGGAGAGAAAGGUACGGGUGCAAGAACCUCUUAAACCGCGGCCGAAACAGAAGCCAAAGAAGAAAAGAAAAUUAUUCGACAUAGUCGUACAAACGCCUAUACAGGUUCUUUCUUGUCGGUGUAAUCCGGAAUUCGCUUCGCUACCUGGGUACACACCUCAUGCGCCUUCUGAUCCUAAUGGUAUCGACAUGUCUCCGACUAUCCCUUCCACCGCGUCAACUUCUUCGAGCUUCAACACCUCAUCUAUCCCAUCUACAUCUAUGCCCUCAUCUACGCCUUCGACGCCAGGCGCAGAAUCCUCAACCCGAGUAGUGAUCUCAACGGCACCAAACGCAUCAGACGCCUGUCCAUGUAUACUCAAAGCCCGUUUGAAGCAGGCGAGGAGAGAACGAAGGCUAAGAAGACGGGAGCUCAAACGAGAGUUGAGGGAACAGAGGAUGGAGAUGAUGAAGUUUAUGGAGAGGAGGCGGAGCAGAAUGCAUGAUACUGAGGGUGCAGAUGGUAGAGAAGACGGUCAACGAGGGGCGAGCCACUUGAGAGAGGAAGCCGGAGAUAGAGACAGACUCCGUAGCUACCAGCACAACGGAGCCGAUGGAGACGAUAGAGACGAAAACGAAGUGGAAGAAUCGCUCGAAAGAACACAGAGAAAAGAACGUGAGCGAAGAGACAGGGCUAAGAUAAGGAGGAGAGAAGCACUUGUUGCUUUAUCUUCGCCUCCAGCUGCGCCGUUGCCUCCACCGCCGCCACUACCUUCCCCUUCUCCACAUCCUCCGACUGGACUCCCGCUAGCUCCCUUGCCUCCACCUCCACCUACCGCCAUGGACUCAUUUGCACCUUCAAGUAUGCAAGGAACCCAUCAGCGGACGUCGUUUUCAUCCGCUCGUACCAAUUCCACGGCGAAUACGGCUACUACGACUUAUUCUAGCUCAACCAGCCAUACCAAUGCGAGCAUCACUAGUGCUCCUAGUGCAUACUUAGCACAAGGCCCGUCGAUCCUCAGAAGCGGUAAAACCAAACGGUCUUCUGGAUUUUCAGGGCUUGGGUUCGGAGGGAUCAUCACCGCUCGUCCAACUCAUGGUACUGUGGAGAGGAGGUUAACUGGAGGAUCGCAGAUUUCUCAUCUGUCGUAUCAAUCCCAGUUAUCCCAGCUAUCACAUUUGACGCAAUCCACCUCUGCGUCGGCGUCCUCAUCUAUUCCGGGACUUGAAAUAGGAGGGGGCGCUGUUGGUAGUGGACUAAUCUACUCCUCGCAAGAAUUUGAAGAUCUUGUGGCUGGACAUAUGGACGAAGCUGGAGAGGCACCGCCCACGUACGACCAUGUUGCGCUCGUGCUAGCCGGGAGGCGCGAGAACACUUGGUAGGAGACCAGAAUUUCCAUAAGCUUGAAUUUUUUUCGCUAUUUUUGUUGUGUGCUAUCUUUGUUGUUUCCAUAUCUAAUGUGCGCUCAUUAUCAUUACAUUGAAUCUUGGUAUAUUUAACCCGUUUGUCUCGUAAAAAGAAGGAAGUUGAAGUAUGUGGCUAAGCAUGUAAUUUAAUUCGCUGUAAUUCGUUGCACAAUGUGCUCAAUCUGUUAAUUCACUUUAUGGGCUCUGGACGACACAAAUCAAGUCC